AUGUUUUUAUCAACCGGUUUGACUAUCAUCAUUGCUCUCCUUAAUUUAGCCUCGUCACAAACGUGUAAACUCAACAAGUAUGACCAGUGCUCGUCAAAUAUUCAUUGCGCUUGGCUUCAACUCGGAGGAGAUGCUGAAGGAGGUGUUUGCGCAUAUAUCGGAGAGAGUUGCUUUUCCAAUUUAAUACCAUGUGAAAAUGAUAAUGUCACUUGUGUCCAAUCGAACGCGAUAUGUGUCAAACAUCCAAGAUGUCAUACAAGAUCCGUUUGUUACUCCAUGAAAUUAGCUGAUCCAAUCAUUUGUCCUCCUCUCACUACGACUCCGACUACUUCUCCGCCACCAAACGCUACUGAUGGCCUUUGUACUACAGCAACUUGGCAAUCAGAAGGACAGACAGUGGCGGGAGGCAAUGGUCACGGCGUAGCUCUUAACCAGCUUGCUCACCCCACUGGCAUAUUCAUUGAUCCCAAUGACAAUGAUGCUCUCUUGAUAGCCGAUAGCAGCAAUAAUCGUAUCAUGAAGUGGGAUCGAAAUGCAUCAAAUGGACAAAUAAUACUAGGCGAUAUGAAGGCAGGAAAUGGUAGCGAUCAACUAUGGUACCCUCAGUAUUUGACAAUGGACGACCAAAGCACUGUGUUUGUGAUUGAUAGUAAUAACCAUCGUGUGCAACGAUUGGCAAAGGGUGCAAAAAACGCUGAAACUAUUAUCUCGAAUAUUAAUGCAAGGGGUAUAGCCCUCGACGAAGAAGAUCAGCAGAGCUUAUAUCUAACUGUAAUGAAUAAUCAGGGAGAACAGGUUGUCAAAUACACGAAGAACGGAGAAUUUCAACAAGUCAUCGCAGGUGUGCGCAGUGGACCUGCUCUCACUCAAUUUCGCGGUUCACAGCAACUUUAUGUUGAUCGUGAUGGCUCGGCAUUUGUUGCUGACUCAGCCAAUAGUCGAGUGAUGAAAUGGUCGCUAAAUGCUUCAGUGGGAGAAAUUGUCGCUGGUGGCACUGGCGUAGGUAUUAAUUCAAAUAACAUAGGUUCUCCUACUUCAGUUUUUGUCGAUCGGCUCGGCUCGAUCUAUGUUGUCGAUACAUAUAAUGAGCGGAUCGUUCGCUGGCUAAAAGGCGCUCAGGCCGGUACUAUCAUAGCUGGGGGGCCCGGUCUAGGUUCUUCGGCCAAACUACUCGAACAUCCCAAAGAUCUGGCUUUUGACCGUGAGGGCAAUUUGUAG